AUGGUUACGUCUUCCCUGCGGUCCCCCGGAGUGUGGCGCCGAGGAGAAGGUCUUAUCACAUCAGCCAUCGUUACGGCAACCAGGGAAAGGGGAGAAAAAACACCACCACGGCUGCUGCAACCCGGACCCAUGCGAGCUUUAGGUCCUGCUUUGUGCGUGCAGGGUUCUGGAGUGGGUGGGGUGGGGUGGGGGGGGGGGGGGGGGGGGGGGGGGGGGGGGGGGGGGGGGGCGACGGCGUAG